AUGUCUCUCUCCCCGUGCCGGGCCCAGAGGGGCUUCAGUGCUCGCUCAGCCUCUCCUGCUUGCUCAGGGGGCCGCAGCAGGGGCAGCUUCAGUAGCAGGAGCCUCGGUUCCCUUGGGGGGUGCCCAAGAGGCUCUCGUGGGAGGGCCUGGGGGUCAGGGAAAAGGCUGGGGGUGUGGUUCGGGGAGGGGAGUGACAGGCCUGGGUUUUCCCUGUGCCCUCCGGGGGGCAUCCAAGAAGUGACCAUCAACCCGAAUCUGUUGACUCCACUGAAGAUUGAGAUUGACCCCCAGUUCCAGGUGGUGCGGACGCAGGAGACCCAAGAGAUCAGAGUCCUCAACAACCAGUUUGCCUCCUUCAUUGACAAGGUGAGGUUCCUGGAGCAGCAGAACAAGGUCCUGGAGACAAAAUGGCACCUGCUACAGCAGCAGGGAGUGAGUGGCAGCCCCCAGAACCUGCAGCCUGUCUUUGAGGCCUACCUGGCCCAGCUCAGGAAGCAGCUGGAGCAGCUCCAGGGGGAACGAAGGGCCCUGGAUGCUGAGCUGAAGACUUUCCAGGACCAGGAGGAUGAGUAUAAGGCCAAGUAUGAGGAGGAGGCCCGUAAGCAUGCCACGGUGGAGAAUGACUUUGUGGUCCUCAAGAAGGAUGUGGAUGGGGUUUUCCUGAGCAAGAUGGAGUUGGAAGGCAAGCUGGCGGCUCUCGGAGAGUACACCUGCUUCCUGAAGCGUCUGUAUGAAGAAGAGCUGGGCCAGCUCCAGACCCAGGUCAGCGAUACGUCUGUGGUGCUGUCCAUGGACAACAACCGCUGCCUGGACUUCAGUGACAUCAUCGCCCAGGUCCGAGCUCGGUACGAGCAGAUUGCCCAGACCAGCAAGGCUGAAGCAGAGGCGCUGUAUCAGACCAAGUACCAGGAGCUUCAGGUGUCUGCAGAGCUUCAUGGGGACAACAUGAAGGAAACCAAAAUCCAGAUCUCCCAGCUACACCAAGAGAUUCAGAGGCUGCAGAGUCAGAUUGGGAGCCUCAAGAAGGAGAAUGCCAACCUGCAGGCCGCCAUCACUGAUGCUGAGCAACGCGGGGACCUGGCCCUCCAGGAUGCUCAGGCCAAGCUGGACAGGCUGGACGCUGCUCUGAGAACGGCCAAGCAGGACCUGGCACAGUUGCUGCGGGACUACCAGGAACUGAUGAGCACGAAGCUUUCCCUGGAUGUGGAGAUCGCCACCUACCGCAGGCUGCUGGAGGGCGAGGAGUGCAGGAUGUCUGGGGAGUGCACCAGCCAGGUCACUAUCUCUGUGGCGGGAGGCAGCACCAACGUGUCUGGAGGAGCUGGUGGAAGCCUGGGGGUCCCUAGUGGACUCCUAGGUGAGAAAGGCAGCUUUGGGUCCUGCUGCUCCAGCAUGGUGACUGGUGGCUCUAGUGUCAUCCUAGGCUCCAAGGAGGGCCCUGAUUGGGGUUCCUGCUCUGUGUCUGGUUCUGGAGCUGGCUUCAGCUCCAGCUGCCACACCAUCCUGAAGAAAACAGUAGAGUCAAGUCUAAAGACAUCUGUCAUGUACUGA